UCAGGAUAUGAAGAAUUGUUGGAAAUGCCUAUAGUGGAGGAAGGGGGAAAAGAUAAGGAUAGAUUAAAUGAUAAUGCAGGAACGGAUGAUAUGAUGAUGACUUUAUUAGCGGGACAAGCUGCUGUGGAUUGUGGACAACUACCUGUUGGAGCUUGGGAAGAGGUUGAACAGUGGAAAAAGGAACUGUCUUUGUUGUCUACUAGACUAUCCGCCCUUGUCGCUAGACAUCAAAGAGAAGUGAAAAUCCUCACUGCUGCGAAGACGCUACAAAAGCUCAACAAUACAAAUAAGAGUAGAAUCUCUAAACAAACCAUGGAAAGCUUGGAACAAUCGGAAAAACGAGUAGAAGCUGCUGAAAAGGAACUUCUUCUUCUUCGGGAUAGAGAAGCCAACCUUCGUCGUAGAUUGAUGGAACAUUGGUCUGGUGUAAUGGCAUGGGAAGUCAGACGAUUAGAGCGUGUACAUUCAGAUACCCAAGCACGUUAUAAUCUUCAAUCGAAACAGAUCGCUUCAGUGGCUCAAAGAGAACGACAACUUCUCGACCAAAUUCAUACUCUUGAAGAUGAUGCAGAACCUAAAGUUAGACGUAUAGUAGAGUUGGAAGAGAUGGUAUUGGAAUUGGGUAGAAGAGAAAGGGCUAUGGAAGAAGAGGUACAAUUGAUCAAUCGUACCAAAUCAGCUUUGGAGAAAGAGAGAAAUAGUUGGAUAUUGGAACGUCAAGAAAUGGAGAAGAUGGGAGGUAGAUGGGAAGAUGAAAGUAGAGGUUUUGAAAGGGAUAGAGAAGGAUGGAUGGCGGAAAAGAGGAUUUUAACUGAAGAAAGACAAAGAUUGAUCGAAGAACAUCGGAGGAUAUUGGAUAAUGGUAGAACGUCUGAUAGGGAUAAAGCUAUGAUGGAUCAGAUGAGAAUUGCUCUUGGGGAUAUUUUACGUCGGAAUGGAACUGUGCCGGAAGGAGAGCUGUUAUCCGCUUUGAAUGAAGUGAAAGGUUUGGUGAGAAGAAGAGAGAAAGAGGUUGGUGAUUUGAGAGAAGAGAUGAAAGAAGUGAAUAUGGGUUUGGAAGAAGAGGUCAGAAGAGUUUCAACGGAUAGAGAUGUUUGGAAGAGCAAAGCGGAGAAGAUUACGAUGGAGAAGCAGACGGAGAUAGCAGUUUUGGAGAAACACAUCAGGAGUCAGACCGAACAACUAUCCGAUCUUUCAUUAAAAAACGAAUCUCUAACUUCUUCCCUUUCCGCCGCUCAAAACGCCAUUUCCUCUCUUUCCGAUCAACCAUCCGCCAAAUCUCUUCAAACGAAAGUAGACGCCCUGACCGCCGAAUUAGACUCUAUCGCUGGACAAUUCACAGAAGUAUGGACUCUAUUACCUCCUUUAAACAAACGACUUCAAGCCGAUUUGGUAGAUCAACAAGGAAAGUCUAACUCGGCUUUAGUAUCACCCAGUCGUCAAGUCAAUUUCGCAGCUCUGCAAGAAGUUUACAAACCUACCAACGAGACUUUUGGAGGGAUAGACGAGAUGGUUGGACGCAUAAGAGGUAUGGCAGAGGAUGGGAAGGUUUUAGUAGCUAGGAUGGAAAAGGUGAAUCAAGAGAGAGAAGUACAUAAAGCUAAUGCUGCAAAAGCUAAGAAAUUGGUAGAGGAUAGUAGACAUAGUUUGGAGACAUAUCAACAACAAGUCGCAGUCCUAGAAGAUAGAUUAGCCAAAUCCGGAGCUUCAGAAUCUCAUUUCCUAGAAGAAAUGAAUAAUCUUCGUUCUUCCCUCGACGCAGCCAACAAUUCCAGACGCCAAUUGGAGAUUCGUUUGGCUGAACAAACCGAGAGAGCCGAUCGACUAGCAGAAGCUAAUAAUACCCUCUCCACUCGUGCAUUGGAAAUGGCCGAAGAAGUUGAGAAUGAACGUAAAACAUUGACGAAUAAGUGGCAAGGGGAGAUGGAAAGGUUGAAUGAAGAGAUUAGAGAGUGUCAUGAGGAUGCGGAUGAACAGAGAAGUAGGGGACAAGCUCAAAGGAUACAAUUGUUAGAUGAGCUUAACUCGUUACAGGCCGAAGUGGCAGAUCUUCGUAAACAACUCCGG